UUAAUUUUCGUCUACCGUGGAAGAAGACAGUUUCCGAUAGCUGCAGCUAGUUGCUUUUCCUAAAGAUAAACAAUGAACAACGGAAAAUUAAAUUUUACGACCGGAUGUUUACAUGUCAGUGCAGAACCGUUUUCCGCUUCGCCGUGGCGAAAAAAUCGCAUAGGCGGGCGGAUUUUGUCAAGUUUGUGUGAACGUAGCCUCGCAUCGUAACAGGAUUCCGGACUUCGGAGCUCACUCUAUGGAUUUUCCGCUUUAGUUGCAGUCACGUGCUCCAAGUUCGUUCCCGGCAAGGUUCCCGGCUUUUCGUAAGGAUCGCGCUCUAGAUCGGCGGAGAUCGCUGGUGAUGCAAAACGGGUUGCUGUUAUCGUCCGAAUGCGAGUAAUACAAUUAUUGUGUGUUACAUUCUUACCGCGAUGGAAACUUAAAUAUGUGAUCUGAAAACCCCGUUAAUAAGUCAAUAACUGCAUUUGAUUGACCAGAUCUUUCUCCGACGAAAGUAAGCCGUGAUCAACAGAACAAGUGGCAAAAGAAGAAGAAGAAUGUUGCUGCAGGAAGUCGCCAACCAGUUCAGUGACUCAAACCGUGAUGUCAACGGAGACACUGAAUUGCGGUUCUUGCCUGAUCAUGCUCGUUUGCGACUGACAAGUGUUUUGGACGCUGGAGAUGGCUGGAGAAAGGUACUGCACCUAAUCACUCAUCCAGAUGACCCUGGCAGAAUGCUCUUCAACGCUGAUCACGCAAGGGUUCUCGAAAACUACACAAGAGGAAGCCGCAGCGACGAAAUAUUGAAGACAUGGAGCACGACAGGGCGUAAUCGACCAAAGAUAUCGGACUUGGUCUACUUGCUGAAACAAGCAGAACUUCACAGGGCAGCUUCGAUCAUCGAAGUCAACGUGCUGCAACAGGUACCUGGCGAUGACGAAGGCAACCUGGACGAUCUCCUACAGGAGCCUGACUUAGGGCCACCGCCACCUCCGCCAUUAGAAAAUUGCGAUGGUGAGGUCAUGGACAGCAUAAUCAACGAAACGCCCCAAUUCAGAUACGAAGAUCUGGCAGAAGCAACGGGAAAUUUUUGCGACGUGCCAGUGGCUCAAGGAGGCUUCAAGUUGGGAGAAGGAGCUUUUGGAGUUGUAUACAAAGGCACAUUACCAAAUGGGACAGCAGUAGCUGUGAAGCGCAUGAAGGAAUCCCUUCCAGAACAGUUUCUCACUGAAGUAAGACUGCUGCGAAGGCAUUCUCAUCCAAACUUGCUGCCUCUCAUCGGAAUUUGCUACGACGGUGUGGACUGCUGCUUGGUUUAUGAAUUCAUGGAGCUAGGAUCCUUGCAGUCGUGCCUUGCGAGAGAAACCUGUCCACUGUACUGGAAAAGGCGUGUGACCAUACUGACAGAAGUUGCUGCUGCCAUCCAUUUCCUGCACACUCGCACACCCUGUCUUAUUCAUAGGGAUGUGAAGAGUGCCAACAUACUCCUGGACAAUAACUGGACUGCAAAGCUGGGAGACUUUGGACUGACAAGGCCUUUGUCAGGGGACAGUACUACAAGAACAGAGAUAGUAGUAGGGACAACUGUCUACAUGUCACCAGAAGCAUUCACUGGCACAAUCUCCCCCAAAAUGGACACGUUUAGUUUUGGUGUGGUCAUCAUGGAGGUGCUGACAGGCCUGCCACCGUACACGAAUGCAAGAGGAGACAUUCUCUCCUACCUGAAGGACACGCAUCCCAAUGAUAUCACACCAGUUCUGGACACCUCGGCUGGUGUGUGGGAUCAGGACCUGGCACAAAAAGUGUAUGAAAUAGGCGAUGAGUGCGUCAGGCUUGACAGAAGGCAGCGACCUACGAUGCAACCAGUUUACGAGGAGCUGCUGAAGCUGAAUGACUUGUUGAAUGGCCCAACAAGUUGAACACUCAUGGCAAAAGAGCAGUGCUGUAAAAGUACAACCACUGGGGUUGUAUUAUAUCACUGUUAUAUAAAUGCAAAUUUUAUUUUUGUAAAGU